AUAGAUAGUUUUUAAAUUUCUAUGUCAGUAAAUUCUUGUUUAUAAAUUUUAAAAGAAAGCGUGGCUUUAUGUUGGGUAAUUAAUAUAUGAUAUAAAUAUUGUUACAUCCCACAAAGAACCUUAAAAGGUUCUGAUCUGAGCAGAAUUAUAUUUAAAUAUAGAUAGUGGACAAAUGAGUUAUACUAAUACCGAUACAUAAGAAAAAUUUAUAGGUUACGAUAGAAUUAUGAGUUAUCGUGGUGAAAAUAAUUAUAGACCUCGGAGAGGAAGAGGGUACAGAGGUUCUAGAGGUUACAGAGGUUCUCGCAGACCCUACGGCUAUGGCGCUCCAGGUGGAAGACAUAGUCAUAGUGAUAACAAAAAUGAUUGGAAAAGCGAUGAGACUCCCGCAGCAGUCCCUAGAGGCUUAACGGAGAAAGAGAUUGGUGUCACAGAAUACGUUAGCGAUCAUAAGGGUUUUAACGGUAUUAUUAAGUCUAGAUUUUCAGACUUCCAAGUGUCGGAAGUGAAUGAAAAUGGUGAGAUAGCAAAGCUGACGGAUCUCUCACCACCAGAGCCUCCGGAGGAUGAAACAGUUUUGGAAGAUGAGGAUUUACUGUUUAAUAAAUACAACCUCGAAAUACUGCCUAUGGAAACAUGGGAUAGGAUAAAUAAACUUGCCAUGAGCAAGGGUCCAGAUUAUGAUACUGUUGAGGUAGACGUCACAGGUAUGUCCAAAGAGGACAGGACAAAGAUACAUGAUGCUGUGAAGAAGGCGUUUGGAGAUGGGAUUGUGGGCAGCACAGUCACUAGGGAUGAGAAGAAAUAUUGUACAUUUGUUAAAUAUAGGAAAGGAGUACGCGUCGAUAACAGAGUGAAGUGGGUGUGGCCGGGCGAAUACGUACGUUUUAUCGUGUAUAAAGAGAACUGCGACACUAUGGAAGCUGCAUCUCGAAUCAUUAAGCAACUUAGAAUGAACGCAAGUCUGAAACCCUCAAAUGUGGGCUAUGCGGGUACGAAAGACCGCAGAGCCAAAACGUCACAGUGGUUUAGUCUACGUAAAGUGGAUCCUAGGAAGAUAGCCGCAGCCUGCAAGGGUUUACACGAUAUUAAAGUCGGCAAUUAUAGUUUUAGCGACGUUCAUUUGAGGUUAGGAAUGCUGCAGGGGAAUAGAUUUCGCAUAUGCCUCCGCAACGUGACGGAGUCGGACGAGGUGAUCGACAACGCGUGCAGGCUGUUGCAAGAGAAUGGCUUCAUCAACUACUACGGGUUGCAGCGGUUCGGCUCGAGGAGCAGUGUGCCCACGCACGUGGUCGGCCUGCACCUGCUGAAGGGGAACUUCGAUGAGGCGAUCCACUGCAUCCUGGAGGAGCGUCCGGGGCCGAUGGCGGGCGCGCUGCGCGCGUUCCACAGCGGCGGCGGCGCGGCGGGCGCGGGCGCGGCGGCGGCGGCGGCGGCGGCGGCGGCGGCGCUGGUGCCGCGGCGCGCGCCGCACUGCACGCCCGAGGCGCGCCUCAUCCACGCGCUGGCGCAGCGCCCGCGCGACCUCCCGCGCGCGCUCGCCGCGGUGCCUCGAAACACACGUCUAUUAUACUUACACUCGUACCAAUCUCUCAUUUGGAACAAAGUCGUAUCCGAAAGGCUAAAGCGCUUCGGAUAUAAGCCUUCGGUCGGGGACUUGGUGCCGCUUGAGGAAAUCGAAGAAGAGACUGUAGAAGAGGACGACUCGAGCACCAUAGACGACAUAGAGCAAGAGGAGCAAGAUAAAACCACAGACAAGAAAGAAGAGAAGAGCGUCCCGAAAAAGAUCCCUCGAGUCAAAGUUUUAACCCAAGAAGAUAUUGAUAGCGGGAAAUACACGAUAUUUGAUAUUGUUCUGCCUCUCCCUGGGCAUAGCGUGGAGUAUCCGCCGAAUGUUAAGGAGAUUUAUGAAGAAUUGCUGACUAAAGAUGGACUGACCCUGGACAUGAAGCAUAAAUUUAAGGAGUACUCGGUGUGCGGCGGCUACCGGGCGGCGCUGGCGCGCGCGCGGGCGCUGAGCUGGCGCACGCUGCGCUACGACGAGCCGCUCGCCGACCUGCAGCUCGCCGACGCCGACGAGCUGGCCGGCCGCCGCCGCACCGCCGAGCUGCCAGAUGGUAAAUACAAAGCGCUCCUGAUAACAAUGACGUUACCGACCAGUGUUUAUGCUACUAUGGCAUUACGGGAACUACUCAGAGUUGAUACUUCUUCCGACACACAAGCCAAACAGAACGACUACCACAAAAAGAAAGAUGCCAAUGAAGAAAAUGUCAAACAAGAAAAUGUAAAUCAAGAAACUGUCAAACAAGAAAAUGUAAGUCAAGAAAAUGUCAAACAAGAAAAUAAUGUCAACGAUGGAGUAGAUAAUAAUGUCAAGAGUGAAAAUGAAAACGGUGUAGAAAAGAGGAAAGGAGAAGAAGAGAGUAAAAAUGGUGAUUGUAAGAAAGCUAAGAUGAAUGAUGAAUAAAUUAAU